CAGCCAAAGGAAAAAGGGAACGACGGCACAAAACAGCUGGUUACCGACGGAACUACAGGAAAAGAAGAAUGUUGCGUAUCGUUGGUACCGCAAUCCGGGACAUUGCUGCACGUACCAAUGUUGUCAACAUAACAAAUUCUCUAAUUUCUAAGCAACUUCCUGUUGUUCAAUGUAUUCAGCACAGAUAUUUCGGUGCUUUUUCUUCUACCAUUGAUAAUUGGAAGAAUAUUGCUGACAACAAGCAAAAGGCAAUACUUGGUCAAACACAGGUUAAUAAUGUUGUACUUCCAACACUACUUCCUACUACAACAAGUGUAAGAACACUUACUAAAUUCUCUAGGCAAAAGGGUAAGAGGGCAUCUGUAAAAGCUGUGAUUGAUAGAUUCUACAGACUUAAUAACAGGGGAAUAUGGAUCAGAACUCGUACUGCACGUAAUCGAAAAUUGUGGAAAAAAAGUGCCAGAAAGAGACAUAAACUCAAGCAGCAUGUUUUCUGUAAUGCAUCACAAUCUGCUUUAUUGGAUAAGAUGGUAACGCGUUAUUGGAAACGACGGCAUUAUUAUGUGGAUGAUCCCUACAACCCAUAUCAUCUACGCGAAGAAUUUCCAUUUACAAGAAAAUAUCCCAAACCUUGCUAAUUAAUGUAAUUGUAUAAACAUUCGAAAAAUCUGUGUGU